ACGUCAUUUGAACUUUAGUGGUAGUGUGGCCCAACAUGACACUAUCCAAUAGGUGCUCGAGGAAGGCGGGACUUAACCGUAACGGAGACACGUGUACACACAGUGAAGCAGGAAGUGAAUGUGUUCAGCUGGUGCCAGUAAACAGCAGCACCAUGCUUCUAGGUUACAGUCCUGUGGUUCAGGCCCUGCUCGGGACCCUCUUCACCUGGGGUCUCACUGCAGCUGGAGCUGCUCUGGUCUUCAUCUUCUCCAGUAAACAGAGGCGGAUCCUGGAUGGAAGCUUGGGAUUUGCAGCAGGGGUCAUGCUGGCGGCCUCAUACUGGUCCCUUCUGGCCCCUGCGAUUGAGAUGGCUGAAGAAUCUGGAAAAUAUGGGGACUUUGCAUUCCUCCCUGUUGCCGUUGGCUUUGGUCUUGGCGCUUUGUUUGUUUACCUUGCAGACGUAAUGAUGCCUCUUCUGGGUGUUGGGACAGAACCCCAUAUGGCUCUUGCACUUCCAACUGAUACCAAACUUGCUAAAGAAAAAAAGAAGAACUCUUCGGCUGGACUGUAUCAAGAGGACGAUUUGUCCAUCAGGAUAGGUAGAGCUGGAGUUCAAUCAGAUAAAAUAGAGAAUGGUGAGGUGUACCAAAGACGCAGGGGUGCCAACACUGGACAUACAGAAGUACAGACAGUGGAAACUAAACCACAGGAACAGAUAGGCCAGACUGCAAGCAGCUGGAGACGAGUCCUUCUUUUAAUACUGGCCAUUACCAUACACAACAUUCCUGAGGGUUUGGCAGUCGGCGUGGCCUUCGGAGCGAUCGGAAAAACUCAGUCAGCCACAUUUGAGAGUGCCAGAAACUUGGCUAUAGGGAUUGGCAUUCAGAAUUUCCCAGAAGGCCUUGCAGUGAGUCUUCCUUUAAGAGGUUCUGGGGUGUCCACAUGGCGAUCCUUCUGGUACGGACAGCUCAGUGGGAUGGUGGAGCCUCUUGCUGGGUUGUUAGGGGCUGUUGCUGUAGUGCUGGCAGAGCCGUUGCUACCGUACGCUCUUGCCUUUGCCGCAGGAGCCAUGGUGUAUGUAGUGGUCGAUGACAUCAUUCCCGAAGCCCAAGUCAGUGGAAAUGGUAAGCUGGCCUCCUGGACGUCCAUUUUUGGCUUCAUCGUAAUGAUGUCACUGGACGUAGGUCUUGGUUGACCUUUUCUAUAUGUUGAAAUGUGUAACAAUUUCCAGAACGUCAGCUGAUUGCACUGAAAAAAAGUGACCAAACAGCCUUUUUUCUUAGUGUAAAGGUAUAAUUGUUGUAUUUUUUUUUUUACUUAUUUUAUGUACAAUUGUGUUAUUUUUAUUGAUUUUAAAAAUGAGUCACAUUUGUUGGACAGGGUGGAAAUAUUGCUUGCAAAAUGACAAUACUUGAAAAAUGAUUAAAACUUGAAUGAAUGAUUUAGGGUUUUAUUUUUGAGGUAUGGUAUGACUUGUAUAAUAUGUGUUUGUUUACAAGGGUAGACCAAUAUGUGUGAGAUUUAUACUCAACUCUUACCAUCCAUAUGCUCUCAAAAAUGCUGUGCACUUAACUGAUAAUGGAAACCAGUGAAUAUUCAGAUAAUUAUAUCUUUGAUUAAUGGAUCCAUUUACACUGUGAAUCAUUUAUUUAUGAUUCAGUGGAUCCAUUAAUGUUCAUCUAGUAUUUCAUUGUUAUUACUGAACUACUGUUUCAUCUUUCACUCUGUCUUUUGCAUAAUUGCAUCUGAAACAUUUUGAACAAGGUAUAAAUGAAGUUUCAUUUUCUGUGUGAGUAUAAAUAUUAUUCAAUGGUUUAAUACAAUUUCUUAUUCCUUAAAUAAAAUAAUUGAUUGUUUGUUUUGCUGUUGUUUCUUACUAAGUGCCUCAACUAAUUUAAAUAUUUAUUGCCUCUAACUAAAUCCAGAGAUUCAUGUUUUAGCCUGGUAAUUUUAACCUAUUGUUCAGAAGUAUCAGUCCUAUAAUGUCACCCCAGUCACCCAAUCAUAUUGGAGUUUGAUGGGAACAGCAAAUAGACUGUACAUGGCUAAGACUGUUACCAUAAGCUAUACUAUCACUAUUUUGAUGUACAGGCAAGUUUUUACUUGCAAUUUUAUUUUUAUCAUAUAGGACUGAUACCAGUCGAACAAACAGGUUCCUUUUCUGCUUUAUAUACACUGUAAAAAAUUGUUGGUUCAACUUAAAAAAGUAAGUUACCUGGUUGCCUUAAAUUUUUUUAAGUAUCCUAAAAAUAUUAGUUAACUCAAAAAAGUUGUGUAAAAAUUGUUUAAGGCAAUCAGGUAACUGAAUUUUUUUAAGUUAAACCAACUUUUUACCGUGCAUGCAUACAUGAAUGAAAUGAAAAUUCGAAUAGCUGAAUUUCAUAUAAUAAUGUAGUACGUGAUUCAGUCAAAAUACCUUAAAGGGAUAGUUCACCCAAAAAUGAAAAUUCUGUCAUCAUUUACUCACUGUCAUGUUGUUAUAAACCUGUAUACAUUUCAUUGUUCUGAUGAACACAGAGAAAGAUAUUUUGAGGAAUAUUUGUAAGUAAAACGAUCAUUAGCCC